AUGAGUUCUCCUAGUAGUGAAGGAGAAGUAUUAGAUUCAAAUCCUACUAAUGUUCAUCUUCAUAACUCCGGAGUAGUUUAUAAUGGAAGAAUAAGACAUCAACUGGAGAAGGUGAGGUCAAGAGAUUUUGAAUUUGAUUUUGAAAUGGAAGAUAAUAAUGAUUUCCCUGAAUUAAAAGAAUCUUUGAUCGAUAAGAGACGUAAUUCUCAUAGUUUAAUUGAACAAGAUAAUAAUUCUCCAUUAUUAAAUUUACCUACAGAAGUUUUAUUACAAAUAUUUCAUCAUUUAGAGAGGAAAGAUUUGUUUUCUUUAUUAACAGUAUGUAGAGAAUUUAGUGAAUUAAUUGUUGAAAUACUUUGGUUUAGACCAAACAUGCAAAGUGAUACUUCAUUCAAAUUAAUUAAGAAUAUCAUGAAAGCUGAUCCUUCAACAACUCAUUGGAAUUAUAGAUUAUUUAUAAAAAGAUUGAAUUUAUCAUUUAUGACUAAAUUGGUUGAUGAUGAUUUAUUAACAUUAUUCAUUGGAUGUCCAAAACUUGAAAGAUUAACUUUAGUUAAUUGUACAAAAUUAUCCCAUAUACCAAUAACUAAAGUAUUAACUAAUUGUGAAAGAUUACAAAGUAUUGAUUUGACCGGAGUUAUUGAUAUUCAUGAUGAUAUAAUCAAUUCUUUAGCAUUAAAUUGUAAACGAUUACAAGGUCUUUAUGCCCCAGGUUGUGGACUGGUUAGUGAAUCAUCAAUUAUUAAUUUAUUGAAAUCAUGUCCAAUGUUAAAAAGGGUCAAAUUUAAUAACAGUGAAAAAAUUACCGAUGAAUCAAUUCUUACUAUGUAUAAGAAUUGUAAAUCUUUGGUGGAAAUUGAUUUACAUAAUUGUCCUAAUGUUACUGAUUUAUAUUUAAGAGAAAUCUUUUUAGAUUUAUCACAAUUGAGAGAAUUCAGAAUUAGUAAUGCUGCGGGUAUAACUGAUAAGUUAUUAGAAUUAUUACCCAAUGAAUUCUUCUUAGAGAAAUUAAGAAUCAUCGAUAUAACAGGAUGUAAUGCAAUUACUGAUAAAUUAGUAGAGAAAUUAGUAUUAUGUGCUCCUAGAUUAAGAAAUGUUGUAUUAUCAAAAUGUAUGCAAAUUACUGAUGCAUCAUUAAGAGCUUUAUCGCAAUUAGGUAGAAGUUUACAUUAUAUUCAUUUGGGUCAUUGUGCAUUAAUCACUGAUUUUGGUGUUGCAUCUUUAGUAAGAUCAUGUCAUAGAAUUCAAUACAUUGAUUUAGCUUGUUGUUCACAAUUAACUGAUUGGACAUUAAUUGAAUUAUCAAAUUUACCAAAAUUAAGAAGAAUUGGUUUAGUUAAAUGUGGUUUGAUUACUGAUAAUGGAAUUUUAGAAUUAGUUAGAAGAAGAGGUGAACAAGAUUGUUUAGAAAGAGUUCAUUUAUCUUAUUGUACUAACUUAACUGUAACUCCGAUUUAUUUAUUAUUAAAGAAUUGUCCAAAAUUAACUCAUUUAUCAUUAACAGGUAUUGCAGCAUUUUUGAGAAGGGAAAUUACUCAAUUUUGUAGAGAUCCUCCUCCUGAUUUUAAUGAAUAUCAAAAGUCUUUGUUUUGUGUGUUCUCAGGAAAUGGUGUUAAUCAAUUAAGAAAUCAUUUAAAUAGAAUUAUGGAAGAUAGAUCAUACUGGAUUGAACAAAAUGAAAAUAUGACUAUGCCUGGAUUUAUACCUGAAAGAAGAGGGGGUAUGAAUCGAAAUAUAAACAUCAAUCAAACAUUAGGUAUAGGUGUUGGUAAUUUGAAUAACAAUGAUUUAAGUGAUAACAUAAUUAAUGAUGAUAUUAAUGAUGAAAGACAAGGACAAAACCAAAAUAAUGACAAUGAAGAAGAAAUGAAUCUUUGGGCAAGACAAAGAGGGUUGGGAAUUCUACAAGGUAAUAAUGGUAAUAAUUUAAAUUAUCCUGAUAUGGCAGAUAUAAAUAGACAAAUCUUCAGAGAAUUAAACGAAGGUGAUAUAACAGCUAAUGAAAUGAGAGAUAAUUUCCAAAGAUUAGUGAGAAGUCAUCAUCAACAAAGGUUAAUUGAACAAAGUUUACAAGCUGCAAAUCAAGGGGCUGAUGGUGUAGAUUUCAAUAAUUUCCCUAAUCAAUUGAGAUUUGAUAAUAAUCAAGAUAAUAACACUGCAGGAACAGGUGUUUCAAAUGCUCCACAUAUAGUUCAACCGGCUGUCUUCCCAAAUAGUGAAACCACUAUUCCUUUAAUAAAUGAAGGGGAAGACGAAGAUAUCGAAAUGGAAUCUGCUGACUUAUUCCCAAGAAAUAAUAGAGGUUAA